AUGUCCGUCGCUGUCCCCCCUUCUCGUCGUCGAUACCCUCGCGAUCCUAUCCCGGGUCGUUCUUGGAAAUUCAUGCUAGAAGGACCGACCAGCAAAGACAUACUCUACCACAUCUCUGCAGUCCAGAAGCACUGCGGCAAGCCCGUCGAUAUGGACGGCGUCAUCAGGUGGCUCACUGCUUCGACAAGGCCCGGUUUACCGAUCAACGCCGUAGCGUUCGACUCAGCGCAGGACCUUCUCCUUCUCGUGCACUAUAACGAGAUCAGUGACCCGGAUCCGGGAGAGGGCGUGACGGUAUACCCUGUUCGCCUGUCUGAUCCUUUCGCUGCCGGGUACUCCAAAGCGCAUCCGAAGGCGCGCGAGGCGGCCAUAUUGAUGAGAUGGGAGGAGAGCGACAAUUGGGUCGAUGAACAUGGCAACUAUAUCAUGGUGGAUAUAGAGGUCUGCGGGAAGUUGUACGCGUUGCGAACUCAGAACACGGGCAAUAACCGCGUCGCGAUCUUCAACUGGCAAACUGGGAAGCCUGUCGCGAGGAUCGACGGUCAUGAACUCUUGACCGAUGCCUGUGCUGUUCACGCUCGGUGGCACCCUCCCGGGUUGGGUCAUCCGCACGAAGUUGAGGGCUUCACUUGGCUUGCGCCCGACACCUUCAUGAUCACGAACAGUCACGGGUACAUGCACUGCGAAGCAGCACAGCACGAUGGUCUAUGGAUCUACCGGAUCGACAGCAGGAGUCGGGAACCUCUCUACCGGAGCAUCGCGCUCGAGCUGCCUCGCUGGAUGUGGAACGUGCGGAGGAACAACGAGACGCCGAUGAUGUGCCGUGCAAUAUUCUCCCCCGAUUCCGGAUCGUGGAGCGAGGAUGUCUUUCCUGGGGCGCUCUCGGGCAAUGUGCGGAACCGUAUCGUCGUGGUGAGGGAGUCCAGCUGGCAUUUCAAGUACAGCCUGGUCUACAUCUUUCGUAACGAUGCGUUACUGGGGUUACUAGAGCGUCAUAACGGGCAGACCCUCCCCUACGAGCAGUGGCUGUCGCGCUGUUCGCGCGUGCUGGAGAUUCGAGGCUCGGUCGAGCGCAUCUGGGUUUGUGGCUGGGCCGCACUGCUCAAGUACAAAGACGAACAGGAACGCCUCUGCCUCGAGAUCGUCAACUUCAACCCCGAAGCUCAGAGGACGCAUAUGGCCACCGGUGUGCUGGUCACUCAACCGUCAGAGGUAGCGAUACCAAGGCGUCCUGAUGGGUCAUGGCUGCCAUUCUUCGACGGUAUCAAGUCCGAACUUCCAUACUUCUCCACGCGCCUCGAGAGUACGCAUGGCAUCGGCCCUAAGACCGACUUCAUGAUGUUCCCGGACCGUGUUCUCUAUUCCAAUGAUAGCUGGGCUAGCGCCAUGGCCUUCUACUUUUGA